ACCUUAGUUCAGUGUUAAAAACGUAACCCUAGUAAGCAGUAAAUAUUUAUCCGGCUGAUAUUGUUAAAAAACUAAAAAUUAAAUAAAUGAUGGCUUUGUGCCGUGCAUUGCCAUUGAAGCUUCUCGAAUCUUCAAGAUUAGUAUCUCGCAGUGUUCCUAGUGUUUUUUAUCACGCGAACGUAUUGGAUCAUUAUGAAAACCCAAGGAAUGUCGGGUCGAUGGAUAAGAAUGACAAGCAGGUUGGUACCGGUCUUGUUGGAGCACCAGCAUGUGGAGAUGUUAUGAAGUUGCAGAUAAAAGUCGAUGAUGAUGGUAAAAUUGUGGAUGCUAAAUUCAAAACUUUUGGCUGUGGAUCUGCUAUUGCGUCAAGUUCUCUCGCUACCGAAUGGGUUAAAGGAAAAACUGUUGACGAAGCCCUGGCUUUGAAAAAUACUUACAUUGCUAAGGAACUUUGCCUUCCACCUGUCAAGCUACACUGUUCGAUGCUUGCUGAAGACGCAAUCAAAGCGGCGCUGUCAGACUACAGGAUUAAGCAACAAGAAAAAAACAAGUCAUAGUCGUUGAAUAACAGCGAUGAUUAUUAGUUAUAUUAUUAGUUAUCUGAUAAUGUAACGAAGGAGUAACUGUAAUCUCGUUUAUUAAUAAAUUUUGUAUCGAAAAGUCGUUUAAUAGAGUUAAGUUAACUUAUCGAAUGUCAGUUUUCAACUAUAGAGUUUUUUAUUAAUAAAUUUGAUUUUAGAAGUAUAA